GUAGAGGGGACUGCAGGUCUGCAGCGGCCGAGUCGACGAUGCGGCGGCCGAGGCCCGAGAGAGGAGAACGGCGGAUCGACGCCGCCACUGACCACCUCGCCCAGUACGGCUUCGCCAAGCCCCAAAUCCGCAACGUCAUCCACGACCUCCUGCAGGUGUACGGGAGAGAAGGGUGGCCAUUCCUAGAGGAGGGAUCAUACAGUUUGGUGCGUAACAGACUCCUGGAAGAACAGGCGCAGCAGGAUCAGAAACAAGAAGCAGUGGCUGCAGAAGAGGCAUCACCACAAAAUGGUAUGGAAGUCUCACGAGUGCAUGGUGGGGCACCGAACGAAUCUCGGUCAGCCCUUGAACUGCAAGCUUCUGCCAACAGUUCACCACACCUGAAAUAUGUACUGCCAGUGCCUCCAGCAAAAGGACCUCCUUGUGCAGGGCCUCCCUGCUAUGGAUGGAUUAGUGAAGAGUCUGAGACUGAGAGUGAACCAGAGGAUGGAGAAAUGCUUUCUGAUGCAGGGCCUGUAAUUUUCGUCAAAAAGGAUAUACCAAAUCCUGUGGAGAAGUUGCCUUCUAAAAGGAAGUGACCAAUUAGAUGGGAUGUGCACCCUAACUGAGAUUAGGACUGAGAUCAAAGUUGCAAGAUGGUGGGUGGCCUUCAAGGAUCAACUUCACCUAUAUCAAGUACAUAUAUGGUGUAUCUAGCUGGCAGCAUCAGGCAGGAUCAAAUGUAGCUGCUGAGUGGUUGCAGAUUGACAGCAGAACGCAGAUUGCUGCUGUUUGCGUCCGAGAAAAAAAGAUUGUUGCUGUUUGACAGUGUGCACUUUAGACUUAUAUGUAGAAUUGUCUUUGUUCAUCUAUCCAUAACUUGGUGGCACAUUCUUUUAGAAUCUAAUGGAUCAAAUUUCUCUUUACUCAUUAA